AUGUGCCUCGAAUGCGCCGCGUCCCUUCGCGAGGAGCUCGAGCUGAGGAUCGAGGAGACGAAGAGCGAGUGCGAGACGUACGCCAAGUGCCUCGAGGAGCUGGGGGUUGCCGAGGGGGAGGAGGCGGAGACGCGAAAGCUCGAGGCUGAGCUCGGAGCCGAGCUCGAAAAGGCGGUCGAGCUGCGAGACGAGUUGGACGAGUUGCGCCGCGAGCGGCUCGAGCUGGAGGCGGAGGCGGCGGACCUCGACGCGCGCGAGUCGGCGUACUGGGACGACUUCAACGACUUCAAGCUGGCGCUGGAACGCCACGUGGAUGAACGCGACUCGCUCGUCGUAUCCGUUGAACAGACGGGGAGGCAACUGGAGAGGCUCCGGAGGACGAACGUCUUCAACGACGCGUUUCACAUUUGGUUCGACGGACCGUUCGGCACGGUGAACGGCUUCAGGCUCGGCAGGUUAUCGAACGUCGCGGUGGAGUGGGACGAGAUCAACGCCGCGUGGGGCAUGGCCUGUCUGCUGCUGAGCACCAUGGCCAACGCGGUGAAGCUGCAGUUUUCGCGGUACGCCUUGAAGCCGAUGGGGAGCUUCUCCAAGGUUGUGGACGGCAAGGGCAACGCGUACGAGCUGUACGGGCCGGUCAACAUCCUCUCGUCGCACAAGUACGACCGGGCGAUGGCGGGUUUCCUCCAGUGCCUCGACGAGUUCGGCGCGUUCGCCAACGAGCAGGACGUCGCGAACGGGGUGAACCCGCCGUUCGAGCUGCCGUACAAGAUCGACGGCGACAAGAUCGACGGUCGAAAGAUUGGCUUUCCGUUUAACCGGUACGAACGGUGGACCGCCGCGCUGAAGAUCAUGCUGACGGAUCUGAAGACGUGCCUGGCGUGGCUGUCGAAUCAGCAGCGGGGGUGAGAACGCGUACGCACGUGACGAAUUAUAAAACACGAUUGAUUAGCCGCGCGCCGUGCCUCGCGCUCCUCUCGCGCGCGUGCGUCGGGUUGGAUUUAUCACAUCGCGACUGGGCGUGCGGCGUGUGAUGCGUCUCAUGAUGCGGCGUAUGAACAUAUGAUACAAGCGUUUGGCGA